GUUUCGAGCUUCCCGUGUGUUUACAGAUUGUUGCUGCAGAAGCCUCCUAUUGGCCACGUAGCUUGCACAUUGGGCGACUCAGUUUGAUCGAUUUGCUUCUGUGUUACAUCGAGUUGGUGAUUUUUCUGUACAUGUCCUCAUCUGGCAUCCCAUUCACCCUCUGGUGAAGGUAGAAAGUGUGUUUGAGCUGAUGUGGAUGUGAAGUCAGCAGCAUGGGUCAGUGUGUGGGAAGACAGGACGCUCUAAUGAACCAACGUGGACAUCCAGAUAGACGUAGAGUGAGGGUUCAACCUGUACCUGACUAUGAGGCCUUAGUACCCAUUCGCAGGGGGCGCGGAAGCAUAGGGUCACUAUAUGGAUCAAUUGACACAAGCCAUACAGAAAGGCUUAGCUUAGUCACACAUUCUAAUGCACGACGCUCCAAUAUUCCCCCAGACAGGAGAGGUGACUCAGAGGCCAUGUUGAGGAGAGGAAAUCGAAGCUUCUCUGAGCUGAUGGUCCACAAAGAUUUCAGGACUCAGCAGCUUACAUCCAUCUUUGAACCUGAAGUGGAAACUGAAUCUGGAAUCAUUUCCUACAGAUUCAAGUGUCCUGGUUCGGGUCUCUUCCAGUGUUCUCUGACUGGACUGGUGUUUGACAUGACUCAGGAGGUGGAAGUUCUGUACAGGAUUAUCCAGUGGGAUCAGAGUAUCCUCCAAUCAAUUGGCAAGACAGCAGCAGGACCGCUGUUUGAGAUAAAGGGCUGUGAGGAUGCAAUUCGUCAACUCCACUUCCCACACUGUGAAACAGAUGAAGCUGUGCUCUCUGAUGACUCACUGUCUGUCAUCAACUUCUCCGAUGAUGGAUUUAGCGUCCUACAGCCACUGAAGAUCACAGAUACUCAUGUGAUUGUAGAAGUCUCUCACCUCUCUGCCUUUGGGCUUAUCUGGGAUUUCAUAAAGAGGUUUUUGACCAUAAAGAAUCCAAUUAAGGGCCAAGUUUUACUGUUUGUCAGAGCAACACCGAUGGGAGCACAGACACAAAACCUUGAUGUUUUUCUCCUGCCAUGCAACGUCCCUCUGCACGAGGUAAAAGCACAGCAGCCACACUCUGUUUACAUCCCGGUGCCUUCCAACUGUAAACUUGUCAAAAAUGAGACUUACACUGUUCUCUGUCCAACAGCCAGGAAAAUCCAACCCAAGAAAGCUGAAUUUGACAUGGAGUUUGGACCAAACUACUAUGCAACGUUUGAGAUCCGUUUUGAUGUAAACACAGAAGAAGUCACUGUAACAGUUCAAGACCAAACCAACGAAGAAGUCUGGGAGCAUGACAUUGAUAUGGCAGCUGUGCCUCCUUCUCCACCUGUCUCCUGUAGCAGUUGUCAGACGCUUCACCAGAAGAGUGUACCGCAAAGCAGGAUGUUGCCUCAUCCAGGUUCUCCAGAUGUGAAUGUCGCACCAAAGCUGAAAGUUUCAACUGAGCUCCUCGAGAUGCUGAAUGAUUUAGAUGAUGGGGACUUUGACACCUUUAAGUGGCACCUCAAGUCUGAGCUGUGGAAAAACAUCAAGCCCAUCCAAGAGAACAAGCUUACGAAGGCAGAGCGGCAUGCAAUGGUGGAUCUCAUGGUGCAGAAGUAUGAGAUAAGUGGAGCUGUAGAAGUGAUGGAGAGCGUUUUAUUGAAGAUCAGCAGGAAUGACCUGGUGGAAAAGUUAAGACUCUUAACUGUGGAUACAUCAAUCUGACAUUUAGAUCAGAUAUUGAACAAAUCCUGAGUAGAAAAUCUGGGUUUAAUAUUGGCAACAAAAGAAAUUUACGCCCAGUUCAAUUAAAUUCCAUUCAAGCUUUUAUUGGACUCAUGGUAAAACUGUGUAGACCAGUAAAGAGAGGUGCACUCAAACUAGGAUGAUGAAAGAAGAGAGUUAAAAUAUGAUUAAAAUUUACUUAAAAUAUUUUUUUAUUAUUAUUAUUUUUGCUGCAGGCUGUGUGAAGCUGCAGUUAAGUCCACAUUCCAUAUUGUAACAUUAAUCUGACACGCUUCAGGUCUAUGGGAAAUAUUUGACAUAUAUGUAAGUAUCAUUGUGGAAAUUUUCCAUUUAAUAAAGCCUGCAGACAAGCAGUGAGCUGUAGCUAACAUUCUUUAAUCAAAACACAAAAACGGAAACCAAGCUUGGUGAGAGAAUGCAUCAUCGCGGGGCAGACGAUCAGCCUAGCAUGAUGUUAUUCCCCCCUUUUCAUAUAUAUAUUUUUUUAGGGUAAACAGUGUCUCAAGACAGACUGACACUUGAAUUAGUCUGCACAGCAGAUUUACUGAAAAUAGCUUAUUUGCAUGCUAACUACUACACCAAGUCCUCAAAUUGUAACGAGUUCUAAAGUUGUAAAGAGUGCAGCUUGAAGCGUGCUGGUGACCCCCUGCUGUAGGGGAGACCGGGGAUAGUUGUAACAUUUUUGACAUUUCUGUCUGUAAAUUGGAGCUCUUUUAAG